GAUGGCGGCGUCGGCGGAGACCUUAGGCCCGCAGCGAGUUGGCUUCGUGGGCGCCGGCCGCAUGGCGGAGGCUAUUGCGCGGGGACUCAUCCGAGCAGGAAAGGUGGAAGCUCAGAACGUGCUGGCCAGCGCACCAACUGACCGGAACCUCUGCCUCUUCCAGGCUCUGGGCUGCCAGACCACCCACACCAACCGGGAGGUGCUGCAGAGUUGUCCCCUCGUCUUCUUCGCCACCAAGCCCCAUGUGCUGCCAGAUGUCCUGCUGGAGGUGGCCCCAGUGGUCACUGCUGAGCAUAUCCUGGUGUCUGUGGCUGCUGGGGUCCCUCUGAGAACCCUGGAGGAGCUGCUGCCCCCAAGUACUCGGGUACUGCGCCUCUCGCCCAACCUGCCCUGUGUGGUCCAGGAGGGAGCUAUGGUGCUGUCUCGGGGCCACUGGGCUGGGGCCAGCGAGGUUGAGUUCGUGCGGAGUCUGCUGAUGGCCUGUGGGCAGUGCGACGAAGUGCCCGAGACCUACAUGGACAUCCACACCGGCCUCAGUGGCAGUGGUGUGGCCUUUGUGUGCACUUUCUCUGAGGCCCUGGCCGAGGGUGCCAUCAAGAUGGGCAUGCCCAGUGACCUGGCCCAUCGCAUUGCCGCUCAGACCCUGCUGGGCACUGCCAAGCUGCUGCUACAGGAGAGUCGACACCCCGCCCAGCUUCGGACAGACGUGUGCACCCCAGGCGGCACCACGAUCUACGGGCUCCACACCCUGGAGCAGGGUGGGCUUCGGGCAGCUGCCAUGGGUGCUGUCGAAGCUGCCACCAACCGGGCCAGGGAGCUCAGCAGGAAGUAGGGCCAGAGGGGACCUGCCCCACAGUCCCGAGAGCUGGGCCCCUCAGCCUCGGAUGGGCUACGCUGCAGUAGGGGACAGGGCUCCCAGCCUGGCAGGUCUCACUGGUGGGGAGGCCAUGGUGGCGGCAUCCCCCCAGAGAGCCUGCCGUGUGGACAAGAAAGCAGAUGCCGUGGCAGGAAGGUGGCAGCUCCUGGAGUGGCUGCUUGGCAGGUGUGCACAGCUGACCCCGCCAGGCCAGGUGCCUGGACACCCAGCCCUCCUUCUGCUGCCCUCCCCCCAGCUCUGAGGUGGGGGGGCAGGCCCUCACUUGAGGGCAGACCCCUCCCUUGGUGAAGCAGGCUAUGCGAUGAGCAGGGCUAGUCUGCUGGGAGCGGGGAGACGUCAGGAGCCCUGCCCCAGCUGCAGAGCUGUGUCCAUGUGCUCACCCCGAGCAGGACCAGCAGCAGGGCCCCAUCAUGUGCCUCUGUGGGCAGUGCCCACUUGCAGGCCCAGGACCCAGGUCAAGAGGCCACUGGGUUAUCUGUGAGAUGGCUGCUGCCUGCUGGGCUCCUCAAAGUGCCCAGGGGCUGGCUUCUGCCCGCUCCCACGUAGGGGGCCCCUUGCUUCCUCUCCGAGGCUCUCAGGGCAGAGAAGCAGUGUCCACGCCUGGGGCAGGGACAGCCCCUUGCUGCUGCUAGCCAGCUGUUGGACGGGGUAGGGCAGGGCCGGCCUGGCCCUCAGGCACAGCAGGCCUCUGGCCCCACCCCCAAUGCUCUCCUUGACCCCACCCCACUUCCAGCCACCUAACUUUAUCUGUAACAUGGCCACCUGUCUUGGCAAAGUAAAAGGCAAUGCCACCUGACAAGCAAAUGACACUGAACUCUGCCCUGUACCCCUCCUGACCCCACCGGUUCUCAUGAGGUGGGUGCCCAGGAACUCCUGCCCCCAGCAGCUUUCCCAAGGUACUGACUAGCGAGGGGUUGUGUUAGGCCCCCAGACGGUGAUGGUGGGAUGGUUGCGUGAUGGGGUGGGGCAGCCUAGGGCACAGCAGGAGCCCCGCUUUUCCAGGGCCUUUUGACCUACUGUGAGUCUGUAGUGCCUGCUUCUCCACAUCAAAUGCAUAGUAGGGCUGGUUUUCUCUUCCAUCAAGUUUGCUGCCUUGUUUUACACACCUCCUUAAGUAAUGAGGUGUGCUAUACUGGAUCAAGUUACAAAGAGGGGAGGUUGGGGUGCUACCUACAGCUGCAAAAAAAUAAAAGCCAGGCUCUGCUCCCUGAAGGGAGUUCCCAUGUUGAAA